CUUGUUUUGUUUUGAAAAAUGGCGGCGUGGUUUGUGAAGUGGAUUUUUACUUUACUGCAAGGGUCCAGCUAAUUGGCAGAUAUGUUACAGUUGAAUACGUUAUUCGAUCAAUUCCUCGAACACUGUUACCGUUCUAUGAUCAAAAUGAUUCAACUAAAUUUUACUAAAGCAUUCAUGUUUCUGAUGUUGGUGGUCACGUUGGAGCGGCUCCCCUCUGUUCUUUCCCACGAUUGCCACUAUUCCUUAAAUCAGGCGUGGCUAUCCGAGGCUGGGACAGCGCCAAUAGUCUCAAGUCCACUCAUUGUUGAUGUCAAUGGCGAUAACAUUAAGGAUGUCGCUGUGGCAACAUUUGAUGGUCAGGUGUCAGUCAUUGAUGGAAGCACUGGACUGUGUCUUAGUGGAUGGCCGAUCACAAUUGCUGGCUCAAAUUUUCAUGCAGCACCGCUGAUGUAUGACAUUGAUAAGGAUGGCCUGAUGGAGAUGGUUGUGACAACAUCAGAUUCUAAAGUGGUGUUUAUUGACAUGGAUGGACACCUCUUAUAUGGAAGAACAUUGCAGGUACCUUGUCUAAAGCUGAAAAAGAAAUGGUUCACGAUCACACUUGAUGAUCUGCAACAGAGGAGAGCAAACCCUACAUUAUAUAAUCCAAGAGAUGAUGCACAGCUCUGUGAUACCAGGGAAUUCCUGGAUAAGAAUUCACCAACACAAGGGGACCCUUUAUGGUCCCAGCGCCAUCCUGGGCGAUGCCCAUCUGGGGUGUCAACAGAUGGGGUAUGGGUGUAUGUUGACCCUCAUGUUCUUUCCACACCUGUAAUCACUGAUUUCAACAAUGAUGGACACGAAAAUGAGCUUGUUGCUGCUGUAAACUUUUAUUUUGGACAUGAAAGGAUGUCGUUCACACCACCACUCACUGCACUCUCAGAAGAAGAGGCAGAGAACUACCUUGGAUGUGGCCUUGUCGUUUUUGACCUUGACUCUGGGAAGAUCAUCUUUCAUUCUAUUCUAGAGGUCACAAAGAGAUCAAGCCCAUAUCCUGGGUACUGCCUGUCUUCACCAACCAUAGUUGACAACACAAGUGUGGUUAUUGGCACCUCCACAGGAAACCUCUUCCUUGUGAGCAGCAGGAAAUCUCAGCCAGAGACACUCACCUCCAUGGAUAGCCUACAAGGACAGGUCACAGUAGCUGAUGUAAAUGAUGAUGGGGCAGUAGAACUGGUAUCAAUUGAUGAUAGCGGGAAUGUAGCUUGUACAGAUCUCUCUGGAAAAAUGGUUUGGGAAGGAAGGGUGUCUGGUUCUGCCGCCGCAGGUAUCCGUGUUGCAGAUAUCAACGGAGAUGGGCCGUUAGAGGUGGUUUUUGCAACUUAUGAUGGAUAUAUUUGGGCUUUGAGUGGUGACCAAGGAAAGGUCGUACCUGGCUGGCCAGUCAAAAUGCCGGAUGAGCUGCGGGCAGCUGUGCUAAUUACAAAGCUACACCCAGGGGAAAGUUCUGGUCUCGAUAUUGUUGUCCCCCUUCUUGACGGAACUUUAGCCAUCAUCCGGGGAACAGACCGAUGUACUGAGAUCAUCAGGACUGGUGUGGACUCACUCGCCUCGGCUGUUACUGCUGACCUGCUACCAUGGAAACCGGGCAUGGAGCUGAUUGUGGGGGGUACUGACGGUACAUUACUCUGCCUUGGAUACCCUGGAAACACGACCAAGGACGGUGGUGGCGGUGGUAUCGGUGUUCGCACAGACUUGUUCUCAUGGGCAGCAGCAACGGCUCCAUGUACGGGCACCACCUUCUACUCCGGCAAGGUUGGCGUGUCCCUUACAAAGGCCACGCGGCUCCUUACGCAGUUUAGCGGCUCUUCGUACCCCCUAGAAUUUGAAAUCAUUGAUAUACAGCCCAACGAUCUAAGGUGGAAUAACUACAAAACAAAGGUAUUAUUUGGGAACAGACAAGUAGCGCUGAACAAGACGUUUGAUGCCCCUGGGGUGUACAUGGAGAAUCUCGUCCUGCCGAGUGAGCCACUAAGGGCCGUAUUGACCAUCCGAGUUACCACUCCAAACAAUCAGUGCUUUGAAGACUCUUUCCAUGUCAGCCUCAAUACACACUAUCUUGAAGACAUCCACUGGUAUCUGCUGACACCAUUUCUGACGAUGGCUUGCUUGCUGCUAGUGCUGAUCGGCAACGCUCCGGGAUCGGACAUUUUACCAACCAUCACUAAGAAGAAGUAGCGAUGGAUUGUGUACAAUAAUGGAUCUGGUAAAACUCCCGGCAUCCGACAUUUUGCAAAUCGACAAUAAGAAAAGGUAGCCAUGGAUUGUGUACGAUAAUGGAUUUGGUAGAACCCCCGAUAUCCGACAUUUUACCAAUCUUCCACAAGAAGAGCUAGCAAUGGAUUGUGUACAAUAAUGGAUCUGAUAAAACCCCCGAUAUCCGACAUUUUACUAAUCAUCAGCAAGAAGAGGUAGCGAUGGAUUGUGUACAAUAUGAGUCUGGUUUAAUCCCCCGGUAUCCGAUAUUGUGCCAACUUUCACUAAGAAGAGAUAGCGAUGGUUUGUGUAAAAAAGUGCCUUUAUUGUAAUCGUCGGGGGACGUUCCUUGAAAGAGUAAGCAUAUUUUACCAACAAUCUCGAGAAAGUUGUCUAUCUACACUCAGUGAUUCUGGUGAAACAUCCGAGGCAAGACAACUUCACAAGAAAGAAAUAUUAUAUUUUAUUACAUACAUGCUGAAAAAUACUCACUGAAAACAUAUUCAGUAAAUUUUCGUUCUUUCACUGGCCUCAGCAAAUCAGAGGCGCGAACGAUGUUUUUUCACCGUGAAGAAAAGUCGUUCGCGGUUCUGAUUAGACGAACGGUAUUUUUUCACUGCCCUUGAAUGGCUUCAACCCAACGCGGGGAGACGGGUAGCUUUGCAUGUCACUUUGGCUAUUGAGCUCCAUUGAGCAAGAGAAUGAAAUUUUGCUGUGAAAAUUUAAUACAAAGCGUUCGAAAUGGAAGACAAUAGAUUUGCUACUCUCAAUGACACUGUAGAGGAUUAUGUAGAAAGUCUUGAAAACAAGAAUACAAAGGUAAAAAAACCCGAGCGAGAUAAACGCUAUCUAACAUCACAGCGUGACAUUAGCGAGACAGAUUAAUUUCAAUGUAAUUUUCUGUCUUUCUUCAACUAACCGUCGAACAGCACAAACCUCGGAGCCCCUGCAGCCAAGUCUAAUAAAACGUUAUGUAAUUAGCUUAUUAUGAAUUACUCAGUAUUUAUAAAUAAACAAAAAACAGCAUAGAAAGUGCUUUGUACAGUUCUUAUUCACUAGUUGUUUUGUAUAAAAAAAACUCACUCGUACGCUGCGUUUACUCGUUCGUUUUUUUAUACUGCACAACUCGUGAAUAAAAACCGUACGCGCGCACGUUCCAUGUAGUUUUCUCUACAUAAUCAUCAGCAUAAAAAGGCUAAAUAAAAACACGUAAAAGCAA